UUGGGAGAGCAGCUGUAUUUCACCCUGGUGUUUGCCUGCCCUGCCUCAGUUUCCCCACUCAUCCAGACACGUCUGUGUACCCCUGUGAUGCAAAGACCCACACCCCUGCCCUGCCCGCCCCCCAGCAUUCUGCCCUGAAUCCCCCAGGGCACCUGGGCGCUAUCUCAGUGCCCACAUUCACUGUUCCAGAUGUUCCUGCUCAGGCAGAGAUAGCGCUGUGGUUUCGUCACCACGCUGGGGGCUGACCCCAUCUCCUCCCCUGCACUGCAGAGCCCAAACAAACAGCCCAGCGCACAGGCUGAGCCAGACGGGCUGUGAGGGCUCUGCAUGGAGCCCCCCAGGCAGGCUGUGCCCCCCGGGGUGGGCAGCGGGGGCGCCCGGCGCUGUCCCUUCCGCAGCCGGGGCGCUGCCAGUGGGAUCCCGCAGAAGCGUGGGGACAGCAGCCUGCACCAGCUCCUCAAGGCCUUUGUCUCAGCAGGCAGGGUGGACCACGUCGCCAUGGUCAUGGGGCUGCACCCCCAGUACCUCAGCAGUUUCUGGAAGACCCAGUACCUCUUGCUGCGCAUGGACGGGCCCCUGCCCUACCACAGGCGCCACUACAUCGCCAUCAUGGCUGCAGCCCGGCACCGCUGCUCCUAUCUGGUGGGCUUGCACAUGGGGGAAUUCCUGCAGGUGGGGGGCAACCCUGCGUGGCUGCAGGGGCUGCACUGUGCCCCCCAAAAACUCCAGAACCUCAAUGAUAUCAACAAGCUGCUGGCACACCGGCCCUGGCUCGUCACCAAGGAGCACAUCGAGGCCCUGCUGAGGCCGGGGGAGGACAGCUGGUCGCUGGCAGAGCUGGUGCAGGCGCUGGUGCUCCUCACCCACUACCACUCACUCGCGUCCUUUGUCUUCGGCUGUGGCAUCAAACCCGAGGAGGAGCAGGAUGGGGCCCCCUCACCCCACAGUGACAGCAGCCCUGCCUCUGAGGACAGCAUGUGGGGCUCUGGGGGCACAGAUGCCAUGCAGGAGGUGGAGAUGCUGAUGGAAAGGAUGAAGCUGCUGCAGGAAAACCAGCUGGAGGAGGAAGGAGUCACACAGGAGGAGAUGGCAACACGCUUUGAGCUGGAGAAGAUGGAGAGUUUGCUGGUCCCUUCCUCAGAUCCCUUGGAUCCCUCCCUGCAGUCCAACAUCCGCUGCUUCCUGGAGGACCCCGAAUUCGGGUACAAGGACUUCACACGGAGGGGGGAGCAGGCCCCCCCCACCUUCCAUGCACAGGAUUACACCUGGGAGGACCAUGGCUACUCGCUGAUGAACCGCCUGUACCCGGACGUGGGGCAGCUGCUGGAUGAGAAGUUCCAUGUGGUUUACAACCUCACCUACAACACCAUUGCUAUGCACUGUGGCGUGGACACCUCUGUGCUGCGCCGGGCCAUCUGGAACUAUGUGCACUGCGUCUUUGGCAUCCGCUAUGAUGACUACGACUACGGGGAGGUGAACCAGCUUCUGGAGCGCAACUUAAAGAUCUACAUCAAGACAGUGGCUUGCUACCCGGAGAAGACGACCAAGCAGAUCUACACACAGUUCUGGAGGCACUUCAAGCACUCAGAGAAGGUGCAUGUCAACCUGCUGCUCCUGGAGGCGCGGCUGCAGGCGGCUCUGCUCUACGCCCUCAGGGCCGUCACCCGCUACAUGACCUGAGCUCCUCCUCCUCCUGCCUGGCUGUGCAGCAGGGCCAGGGCCAGCUGGUACCCUGGCAAUCCGGGAGUAUUGUCUCUCUGCUUAAUGAGCUGUGGAAGUGAAGUGGCAGCUUCCCUGCGCUUUCUCCCAGGAAAGGGGAGCCCCAAGAAGCUCCCAGUGCUGGGGAGACCCCAGAGUGCUGCCCUGGUCUUGGCGAGUGCUCUGCUGCUCUGUGUCUGUCUGGGGUUAGCCCCAGUGAAGGCAGACGGAUGUCUGUGGGUGCAGUGCUGGUGUCUCACCCCUGUGACCUCUCCUGGCACCAUGCCUGCCACCGAAGAGCACUGUCCCCCUGCCAGAGAGGGCAAGAGAUGUCUUGGGUGUCACCCCUGCUUUGUGGGUCCUGCUGGGCUGGGAGAGACAGCUGCUGGUGGGGUUGCUGCCCAGGCACCCCCUCCCACCUUUCUGCCUCAUCCCCUGCAGUUUGGGAUGUGAAGUGCCUUUAACCUAAAUGCCAGGGCAGGAGCAGGGAAAGGGUUGGAAUACCUGAGUGUGUUUUACACCUUUUUGCAUUGUUUUCCAACCACUGGCACAUCUGCACUGCCUCACCUUUAGGGGCUGAGGUGGAGAGCUGUGCUGGGGCAUGAGGCUCCCUCAGCCCCUGUCCUGCUGUGAGGGUGCAGGGUGGGAUGGGGUCCCCAUGGCUUUAUCUGGGUGUACCAGAGCAUUUCCAGCAGCACAGGUGGCUGUGGAGGUGCCUGGUGGGGAGCAGGAUCCAGGGCCAGCAGCAUCACCACUCUUGGUUUGCCUGUUGAAUCAUAGCUCCAGUUAACUUAUUUCUAUAUUUUUUGGGUAUAUUAGCUCCUGACUAGGCAUGGAAAGGCCUCUGUAACUUUGCUACUAAUCUUGUUUGAAAAAAUAAAAUAGUUUUUUUUU